UUUGAUGUUGCAUGUUCCUUCAGUGACAUACGACGAUGGUUGGGCUUACGAUGUAUGAUAAUAUUUUAUCAUGAUCUGACGAAUGACAUGGCCAUACUUUGGCAUAAUAUUAUAGUAAUGAGAACCCUCGAACCAUAUGUGACUGUAUGAUAAGACUGAUGGACUUAUGAUGUAUGUGACUGUAUGGUAAGACUGAUGGACUUAUGAUGUAUGUGACUGUAUGAUAGGACUGAUGGACUUACGAUGUAUGUGACUGUAUGAUAAGACUGAUGGACUUAUGAUGUAUGUGACUGUAUGAUAAGACUGAUGGACUUAUGACGUAUGUGACUGUAUAAUGAGAACUAUUAGUGACUGUUUGAUGAUAGCUGUAGUGGGGGAUGAGAUGGUGGUUAUUUUCUGAUGAUAAUUUUGAUGACGUAUGCAUAUGUAUGUUGGGAUUGGGGUAUCUGUUAACUUCUCCUAUCUGAGUCGUACCUGCAUGGGUGUCCUUCGGGAUCACCACCUAUUUAGGACUGUUAGGCUCGACGGGGCGCCAGUCCAGCAUGACUAUAGAUAUGACUCGAGCGACUCGACGGGGUCCUCGCAUCCCGACGGUCCUAAGUGUCCCCUGGACACCGAAGACCAGAGUUAAGUCCCCACGGGGCGCAUGUUGCACGUGUUCGGGAGCGUGCCAGAGAUUGGGUACUAGUUUCAGGACUCGAUAGGAAUGUUAACAGGCACCUAGUGGGACUAGUAGUGGGUCCCUUACUGAGUAUUUUUAUACUCAUUCUCUUCGUUUUAUGUUUUCAGGUAGAGGACGAGGCAAGGGCAAGGGCAAGCUGGCGAGCGACGUGAAGUGACCGUGGCGAGCCAUAGGGGUUUUCCUGCUUCCGCACAUGUUUUACUUUACAGUUAAAUUCAUGUUUCGGCUUUCUGCAUGUUUACUUUGGUUAUUUUUGUAGAUAGGGCCCGCUUAGGGAUUUUAAACUUAACUCGUAUUUCUACAUGUUACUUUAACUAUCUUUCAUAAAUACAUUUGCUAGAUUUCCUUGCAUUUAUUUACACCGGAUUUUAUGACUUAAACACUGAUCCUAGAUUCAGUAACCACUUCGAUUCAGCAUAAAGAGUCGGGUCGUUACAGUUGGUAUCAGAGCGCAGUGUUUUAGGUCCUGUAGACUGACUUAUGAUGUAAGUCAUUUUGUUUUGAUUUUUACCUCACCCUAUGGCUAUACGGUCCUUCGUCACUCGCCAGGUAUGCCUAAAGCUUUACAAAUAUUAAGAUUAUAAUGUUGCCUGAUUAGAUUAGACUUAGAGUGAGAAUAUUGAGCUCUAGUGGUGAAAAAUUUGUUGGUGAAUUUUAGGAAGAAUGCCGCCACGUAGAGGUGCACGUCGAGGAGGUGGCAGGGGAGGCAGAGGAGCCGGUCGUGGCCAACCGGCGGAGCAACCUGCCGCGCCGCCAGUCAACCCCGACGUACCAGUCAACCCUAAUGCACCGGUCACUCAGGCGGAUCUCGCCGCAAUGGAGCAGCGUUACCAGGCCAUGCUGCAAGCUGCUCUAGCGCCGUUCCUCGCUGCUCAGCAGAACCAGGCCGCCCCUGUUCAGGACCAGCCUGUAGUCCCUCCAGCCCCUGUUCAGGACCAGCCCGUCAUCCCUCCAGCCCCGGUGGAAGCUCAGCCGGUGCCAGUACAACUGUCAGCUGAGGCCAAGCACUUGAGGGAUUUUAGGAAGUACAACCCGAAGACUUUCGACGGACCCUUGGACAACCCCUUUAGAGCCCAGCUGUGGUUGACAUCCAUAGAGACGAUCUUCAGGUACAUGAAGUGCCCAGAAGACCAGAAGGUGCAGUGUGCAGCUUUCUGUUUGGAGGAUAGGGGGACUGCCUGGUGGGAGACUGCUGAGAGGGCGCUGGGAGGAGAUGCCAGCAAGAUCACAUGGGAGCAGUUCAAGGAGAACUUCUAUGCUAAGUUUUUCUCCGCCAAUGUGAAGCACGCCAAGCUGCAAGAGUUCCUAAACUUGGAGCAAGGCGACAUGACGGUGGAGCAGUACGACGCCGAGUUCGAUAUGCUGUCCCGCUUUGCUCCCGAUAUGGUAAGAGAUGAGGCCGCCAGGACUGAGAGAUUUGUUAAUGGCCUCAGGUUAGACCUCCAGGGUUUUGUACGAGCUCUUCGACCAACCACUCAUGCGGAUGCUCUACGCAUAGCACUGGAUCUGAGCCUGCAUGAGAGAGCUGGUCAAUCUAAGGUUGUCGGCACAGGGUCAGCCUCGGGACAGAAGAGGAAGGCGGAGGCGCGGCCCGACGUAGUACCACAGCAGACUCCGAGGUCAGGAGGUGUCUUCCAGAGACACCGUCGGGAGCUGGCAGCAGCUGGGAGAACUUUGAGAGAGCUACCCACUUGUACUACCUGUGGGAAGGUCCAUGGAGGACAAUGUUUAGCUGGGAGUGGAGUCUGCUUCAGGUGCAGGCAGCCGGGGCACACUGCUGAUGCGUGUCCUCGGAAACCCUUAGAGACGACGCCACGUCAGCCUUCUGCUCCCCAGCAGGGGAGAGUCUUUGCCACGAACCGGCAGGAGGCCGAGCGAGCUAGUACGGUGGUGACAGGUAGAGGACGAGGCAAGGGCAAGGGCAAGCUGGCGAGCGACGUGAAGUGACCGUGGCGAGCCAUAGGGGUUUUCCUGCUUCCGCACAUGUUUUACUUUACAGUUAAAUUCAUGUUUCGGCUUUCUGCAUGUUUACUUUGGUUAUUUUUGUAGAUAGGGCCCGCUUAGGGAUUUUAAACUUAACUCGUAUUUCUACAUGUUACUUUAACUAUCUUUCAUAAAUACAUUUGCUAGAUUUCCUUGCAUUUAUUUACACC